AUGGAGUGCAUUCGGUUCAUCAUACGUGGGUGCAAACGGUUCAUCAUCAUAUGUUGGCGCAUCACAUGUUGGUGCAUCUUGUGCAUCACAUUUUGCUGCACCCCGUCGAAAAGAGAUGAUAAUUCAGAAGAUCCCAUAAUCGAAGCUGAACGAGCAGCUGAACGAGCUGAAAGACUUCGAAAACUUGAAGAAGAAUCACAUAGAAGAGAGACGGAGAGAGAGUAAGAAUCGCAAAAAAAUAAUCAGAUUAUUUCUAAAGUUUUUGCAGGGAAAGAAAAAAGGAACAUGAAGAAGUUAUGCGGAAAAUGGAAGAGGCUCAAAGAGAGCAUGAAGAAGAAUUUCAACAAAAUUUAGCCCGGAUGGAAAAAGAAAAUGCGUUGAGAAACAAUGAGCAAGAACGAGAACUGAAAAAUCAAUUGGAGGAGAUGGAAAAUGAGUCGGCCAAAAAAAUGAGAGAUAAAGAAGAGGUUGGUGAAAUAUAAGGGUUCGUUAUUUUUUUAAGGGUCCCAAAAAAAAUGAGGGUCCGUUAUUUUUUCAUACAUAGGUCUGAUUUUUUUUUUGAUUUUUGGAGGAAAAAAUGUGGUUUUUUUUUAAUUUUCAAUUGUUUUGUUGUAUUUUUCUUGAUUUUUCGACGAUUCUUUGUAUUUUCGGGGGUUUACUAAGCCUAAGCCUAAUUCUGAAGUUGAAAAACCGAAAAUAGAGUUCAUAAUUUCUCUAUUAUUUUAGGGUUAGGCUUAGUAAACCCCUAGAAACAUACUGACUGGCUAAAAAAAUGUAAAAAAAUUACAAAAAAUCACCAAAAAUAAAUAAUUGAAAUUAGAAAAAUACUUUUUUUUCAAAAAAACAUUUUUUUUUGAUGGACCCUUGAACAAAAUUACGGACCCUUAUAUUUCCAUGGGACCCUUGAACAAAGUUACGGACCCCUAUAUUUUUUACGGACCCUUAUAUUGCGAUAGAGCCGAAAAAUUUUUUCUUACAGUCAUUCAACCAACAAAUAAAUAAAGUUCAAGCACAAUAUGACUCUGAAAUUGCAGAAAAUCGCGAACAAACCAAAAGGUAUAGUAUAUUUUUCAAGUGGAUUCCGGUGAACUAUUUUAUUUCAGUUUGAUAAUGAAAAUUCAAGAGGAAUCGAAUAGAAAAAGUGAAGAAUCACAAUUGCGAACGCAAAAAAUUGAGGAAGAAACAAGUGAAUUUUUAAGGUGAUUAGACAGAUUAAUUAAUGAGCUUUAUCAUUUAUCAUUUUGAAGAUUGGGUGAGAAAAGAAGAUUAGAGAAGGAGAAAGAAAUCGAAGAGCUUCGUCAGAAAACACAAAUCGAAAUGGAAAAAUCCAGAAAAAUGUGGGAGGAACGAAAACGACAAUUGGAUGAGCAAAUGAGAUUCAUUGAAAUGAUGAUGGCGCGAAAAUUGUGGAGCUUGAAAUUGGAGAGUUAUUUCACAAAUCGUCUGAAUUUUUUGAGAACUUCGAAUCGGGAAGUUACAAGAAACUAUACGCUGCUGGUGCAAGUUGUGGGUGAAACAAAGUUUGACUCUAUUCCAAUAUAAGGGUCCCAUAAGGGUCCAUAAUUUCGUUCGAGGGUCCAUCAAAGAAAUUUUUUUUUGAAAAAAAAAGUAUUUUUUUCUAAUUUCAUUUAUUUAUUUUUGAUGAUUUUUUGUAAUUUUUUCACAUUUUUUAGCCAGUAUUUUUCUAGGGGGUUUACUAAGCCUAAGCCUAAAAUAAUAGAAAAAUAUUGAAUCCUCUGGUAACUCUAUUUUCGGCAUUUCAGCUUCAGAAUUAGGCUUAGGCUCAGUAAUCCCCCUUAUUUUUUUGGGACCCUUAAAAAAAAUAACGGACCCUUAUACUGAGAUAGAGCCCAAAGUUUUUGUUGGAAUUUUUGGAUAAUUGAAUUUUCCAGUUACUCAUCGCUAAACGAAGAAUUGCAGAAGGAAAUGAUGUGUCUGAUGAAUUUAUCUAUCCAAAAAUUCAAAUUUUACAAAAAUCUUUGAAAUCUGAAAAAGAGCUGAUGAUGAACGAGUCCCAAAGUUUAUUGAAAAUUUUAGAAAAUGGACAAUGGCUAUUCUUAACACCCGUGGAACAUGCAGUAGAUAGUGUAGCUGUAUCUUGUGAGAAUUUUGAGCUUAUAACUUCAAGUAUUGUGAGUUAAUUAAUUAAUUAAUUAUCCAAUUAUCUAGUGAUUUCAGAACAAGUCCAACUAUUCAAACUCGAUUGAUUCGCUGAAAAAUGCUCAUAUUGAUCUUUGCUCGAGAAUUGAGGCGAUUUCCACAUUCUCACAAAUCAAAGAGAACUAUCAGAAUUUCAAUUAUCAUCCGACUAACCAUGAUAUGAUUGAAGAUGAGCCAAGUUGUGUGCAAAUUGAGGAAAUCGACUAA